AUGUCACAGUGGACUCCCAAUGUUGAAUCGCUACUGGUUUUAAAAACUAUCUUUGAAGGUAUUCUUACCAACGUGAACCAGGAACAGAACUUCCAAGCACUCCAGCACGCACGUGAGCAGCCUGAGUUUGAAAACUACUUGAUCUAUUUGUUAGUAUUGGAUCGCAGUGCAAGAACUGAUGUUAGAGCAGCAGCAGGUACCAACUUAAAGAAUUGUAUAUUGAAAAGUAAACGAAGUUAUGGCCAGAAAUUGUACCAGCGAGUGUUUGUGUUGGAGCACAUCCUUGAUGGGUUGUAUGAUCCAGAUAAGUUGAUUAGGAACAUCACGGGUAACGUGAUCACGUCGUUGUUUUCCCUUUAUGGGAUUGAAGGCUGGCCCCAAGCCUUGCCUAAGCUAUUGGAAAUGGCCGAUGCCAGUCAGCAGCAGUCUAAUGGACAUAGCCAUGAGCAGAGUCAUCAUCAUAGUCAUAGUCCAAAUGGACAGCCAUCUAAUUCUUCCCACACUCAUGAGGCGGCUAUAAGCGCGUUGGCAAAGAUAUGCGAAGACAGUGUGGUGUAUUUGGAUCACGAAUAUAACGGUGAAAGACCCCUUAACUUUAUGAUUGUUAAGUUCCUCUACUUGACCAAAAACCCCUCUAGUUCGACCAAAGUCAAGGCAUUGGCAAUCCAUUGCAUCAACCAGUUCAUUCCUUUGAAGACCCAAUCGUUCUUGGUUCAUCUAGACGACUUCUUACAGACGUUGUUCACGUUGGCCAAUAGUCAAGACGCUACCAUUUGCAAGAACAUCUGUGUGUCGUUCUGUAAUAUACUUGAAACCAGACCUGAUAAGUUGAUGCCCCAUUUGGACGGCGUCAUUGACUACUGUGUGCAUUUGAUGACCAACGCUGCUUCGCAUGAAGAAGUCUCCUUACAGGCAUGCGAGUUUCUUCUAACCUUGGCCUCCAUUGCGGACUCCAACCAUUACACUACAAUCAUACAACCCAAGUUACCGGCUCUACUUCCGAUUUUGUUACAGAAUAUGGUGUAUUCUCACGACGAGAUCGCCACCAUUCAAAUGAUCGACGAACGAGAUGAUGCCACCGUGGAAGACAGAGAAGAGGACAUCAGACCUCAGAAUGCAAAGGCAAAGGAAACUCAUAAGCUAGGGAAGAAAUCCAGUAAGAACGGAAGAACUGCUAACGGUUCGAAUCGACUGGGAUAUGAUUCUGAUGAUGAUGAUGGUGAUGAUGGUGAUGAUGAUGAAGACGAAGACUCGGAUUAUGAAGAUGAUGAUGAUAUGGAAUUGGAGCAAUGGAGUUUAAGGAAAUGUUCAGCAAGCACUCUUGAUGUCUUGUCUAUUAGUUUACCGUCUGCCGUAUUAGAAGUUACUUUACCCAUAUUGCAAGAUAGAAUAGUGUCCAAUGAAUGGACUGUUCGAGAGGCGGCCAUCUUGGCGUUUGGAGCCAUUAGUGCCGGUUGCAUUGAGUUGUGUCGUGAUAAGUUGCCCAGUUUGGUGCCGUUUCUUGUGGAUCGAUUACAAGAUCAAGAAACUAGAGUCAGGCUCAUAACGUGUUGGACCUUAUCACGAUAUGCCAGUUGGGUAUGUGAAGAAGCGUUUGAAGGAGGUCAAUAUGCCAGUUAUUUCCAACCCACAUUCCAGUCGAUCAUCACCUGUGUUUUAGACAACAAGAAAGUUGUUCAAGAGUCAGCAUGUUCGGCGUUAACCAGUUUCAUUGAAGAGGCAUCAACCAAUCUUUUCCAAUCGUAUAAUGGGCUUUUAAUGGAGCAAUAUUCCAAGUGUCUUCAAACAUACCAAAAGAAGAACUUGCACGUCUUGUACGAUAGCAUAGUUACAUUUGUGGAUAAGAUUGGCUACAAGGGUAUAUCAGCUAAUCAGGAAGCAAUGAACGUCUUGUUACCUCAAUUGUUUCAUAAAUGGGAAGUCUCUGGAGAUGAAGAUGAAGCUCUUUGGCCAUUGUUCAAAUGUAUGGCUUCGAUAGCUGCAGCCAUGAAGGAAUUGUUCCUUCCAUAUGCUUUACCUGUGUUCCAAAGAGCGAUUAAGAUCUUAGCCAAUACCAUUGACUUGGACCAACGAAGUCAGGUGGACCCAAUGAUAGAAGCUCCCGACAAAGACUUUAUAGUUGCUUCUCUUGACUUGAUCGACGGAUUGGUACAAGGGUUUGAGUUUGAUUCGUCGGAACUACUUGGUCACAAUAAUUUUAACUUGAUGCAAUGGGUCCUUCAAUGUUUGGAAGACACCAGUUGUGAUGUAAGACAAUCAGCAUAUGCCUUAAUUGGAGAUUUGGCUAUCUAUGCCUUGGAUUCGGUACUUAAACCCGACAUUCAACUGAUAAUUAUUUCUAUUGGCAAUGAGAUCCACAACAAGUCCUUUGGAGCAUAUCCCGUGUAUAAUAAUGCUAUUUGGGCCUUGGGAGAAAUCAUCAUGAGAUUGCCAAUUGAAGAAGCUAAACCUUAUAUGAAUAACUUGGUAAACCUUUUAAUUCCCGUGCUUAACAGUACUGAUUCUCAACAAGUAGUGUUGGAGAACGCAGUUAUUUGUAUCGGACGAAUGGGACUUAAUGGAGGAGCAGAAUUAAUUGCUCCAAGGUUGCCUGAAUUCAUUGUAUCUUGGUGUUCCCACAUGCUUUAUUUGGAAGAGACUGAAGAGAAAGAGAAUGGGUUUCAAGGUAUGAUCAACAUCUUACAAGCCAAUCCUGACCAUGGAUUGGGAGGCUUAUCCACUCAACAAGGAAAGAGCAAUUUGUCCAUCAUUUUAGUUUGCAUUGGAAAUUAUCAAGAACCAGCUGAACAUUUAAAGGCCUUGUUUCACCAGUUAAUGAUCAGCUAUAAGGGGGUGUUGGGUGACGAUGUUUGGAACACACAGAUUAUGGGUAAUUUGGAUGGGAACUUGAGACAACACCUACAGACCGUCUACGGAGUUUAA